CAAAAAAGAUUUGUCUGUCAAGAAAAAUGGCUACCAGUUCAAGUCAACCUUCAUUGCCCUGGCCAAAUACCAAAGAUGAUUAUGAAUUGGGAAAAGUUAUCGGUGUGGGUGCCACUGCUACUGUACAUGGCGCCUUCUGCAAACCCCGAAACGAAAAAUGCGCCAUCAAAAGGAUCAACUUAGAAAAAUGGAACACCUCCAUGGAUGAACUUCUGAAGGAAAUUCAGGCCAUGAGCAGCUGCAAUCACGAGAAUGUCGUCACUUAUUACACAAGUUUCGUUGUUAGAGAAGAACUGUGGCUUGUUUUGAAACUGUUGGAAGGAGGUAGUCUCUUGGAUAUUAUAAAACAUAAAAUGAGAUCGACCAAUUGUAAACACGGAGUUUUCGACGAAGCUACAAUUGCUACAGUGCUAAGGGAAGUUUUAAAAGGGCUGGAGUACUUUCACAGUAAUGGCCAAAUUCACAGAGAUAUUAAAGCAGGGAACAUUCUAUUGGGGGAAGAUGGUACUGUGCAGAUUGCAGAUUUCGGAGUCUCGGCAUGGCUGGCUACAGGUCGAGACAUAUCCAGAGAAAAAGUCAGGCACACUUUCGUAGGAACCCCCUGCUGGAUGGCUCCUGAAGUAAUGGAGCAGGAUCACGGUUACGACUUCAAAGCGGAUAUUUGGUCGUUUGGUAUCACGGCUAUCGAAAUGGCAACUGGUACGGCUCCCUAUCACAAAUAUCCUCCGAUGAAGGUACUUAUGCUAACUUUACAAAACGACCCACCAAAUCUCGAUACAGGCGCAGAGGAAAAAGAUCAAUACAAAGCAUACGGUAAAACGUUUCGAAAACUCAUAAUGGAUUGCCUGCAAAAAGAGCCAUCCAAAAGACCCACGGCAGCCGAUCUACUAAAACACGCCUUUUUUAAAAAGGCUAAAGAUAAAAAGUAUCUUCAGUCUACCUUAGUCGCUGUCGGUCCCAGUUUAGAGACCAGAGUACAAAAAGCAUCGAAGCGCCAACCGGGCGCGUCCGGACGGCUUCAUCGUAAAGAAACCGGCGAAUGGGUAUGGUCGAGCGAAGACGAGAACGGCGGCGGGGAUUCCAGCGACAGCGACACGGAAUCCAAGCCGAUGAAUACGUUGAUAUCGGUAGGAUCCUCCGGCUCGGAUCACGAGGAGAACAGUGAAAGCGCCGACGCCCCGCCCGUCAAUCUCGUCCUACGGAUGAGGAACGCGAGAAGAGAACUGAACGAUAUAAGGUUUGAAUUCGCCGUGGGUAAAGAUUCUGCUGAAGGCAUCGCAAGCGAAUUAGUUGGAGCUGGGCUCGUCGAUGGAAACGAUAUAGUGGCUAUCACUUCUAAUCUACAAAGAUUGAUAGAACAAAGGGCAACUACGAAAGUAGUCACUUUUCGAUUAAAUUCGCCUUUACACGCUAACGAAGUACCAGACGAUCGAGCAUUAGUGGGAUACGCCCAAAUUUCCAUAAUGGACUGAAAUAGACUGUUUUUUUUGACCUAUUGCAUACAAUUCUUUAUUGUGGAAUCUACUGUUUAUUGUACAUACUGUAGAUAGGUUUUAUAUUAUAUAUAUUAGUUCGAUUUUAUGUCUCUAAAAAGGAGAUGACCAAAAAACGAGUCGUAUAAAUUAUUCUAUAAAGAGGGAGACAUCGAUUAGCAAGUGGGAAGUCUAAAAAAAAUCGAAUCCGUAAAAUAAAACAAAGUUUUAUGAUGUUAAACAUUUCGGCAAUUUUCUGCAUUAAACAGCCUUUUUAACAUUGUUCCUUUAGAGUCUAGCCAAAAUGUUUGUUCAGUUAUUUACGUAUAAAACUAGUGCUAAUUAAACGUAAUUUUACGAAGAUUUUAUAGGUAUUUUUAUCCUGAAUGCUCCGUCACAUUAAUAAUUAUAGUGAUCGAGAUAAGUAUUUUAAUUCAUCAUGAACCCAUACCGACAUUUUUAAACAACGAAAAUUUUAUUACGUACAAAACUACAUGUGAUUAGCUUUUAAGUAAUUUACAAAUGCCUGACGUGUACUUUCAAGUAUUCUACAACAUUCUUGUUUAAUAUAAAUCAAUUUAUGUUGGGGUUCUGCAAAUGAUAAUAAAGGAUUGGUGUUGAAUUCAUCUACUUCAUCUAUUAAGUCUAGAAAUAAUUCUUCAUUAAAUGCUUCAUUACUGUUUGCUUUUAGCCAUAGUUGAAGAGCUGCGUAUUUCGAAGGGCUGUAAGUCUUGAGGUAGUUGUCAUAAAUUGGUUUACAUCUUGUGUUUUGUAAUACAUUGCUUAUUCUAUCACUGAACCUAUCUAUAUCUUGAAGAGAAAAUCUCACAGCUGCCAUGA